AUGGAACUGCAAAUGGAUGUAAACGGAAACCCUUAUGUGGUUUGGGGGGAGCACAAAAUUCAAUUGGAACGAGAACCAGUAACCGGUGAAGCAUUGUUAGAAAAAGCAGAAAAAGAACUAAGAGAAACUCCUGAGAUCGUAGAGAAAGCUGUGGCUGAUCUCAGAACACUUUUAAAAGGAGAGAAGAAUCUGUUUGUACCAUACGAAAAUGACGAUUUUCUUAUAAGAUUUCUACGACCCUGUAAAUUUUAUCCAGAGAGUGCUUUCAAAAGAAUUAAAGCAUAUUAUAAAUUUAAAAUAUCCUAUCCUGAAUACUGCCGCGACCUUUUGCCGUCUGCUACACGAGAUGUCUUUAAGCACUCCAUAAUGUCAGCUCUUUCGCCGAGAGAUCAAAAUGGCUGCCGUAUUCUAGCGGUAGAAUCUGGAGAGAGGUGGAAUCCUCGUGAGGUAUCUCUGAGGGACAUGUUUAGAGUUAUACAAAUGGGUUUGGUUGGUGCCAUAUCAGAGCCACGCACGCAGAUCUGCGGUAUUGUAUCAAUCUUGGAUAUGAAAGGCUUAUCGUUCUCCCACGUCAUGCAAUUUACUCCAUCUUAUGCCAAAAUGGUCCUGGAGUGGCUUCAGGAUUGCGUACCGAUUCGUCUUAAGGCUGUUCAUAUUAUAAACCAGCCGUACAUAUUCAACAUGCUAUUCGCAAUAUUCAAGCCGUUUAUCAGGGAAAAGCUUCGGGGGCGAAUACAUCUUCAUGGGUCCAAUUUGGCGUCUUUACGCGAGCACAUUGAUCCUGAAGCAUUGCGAAAGCGACACGGAGGCUACCUACCUGAGCCAGAAAUAGAUGGGGAGGUAUUAUGGAAGAUGAUGUGUUUUCACGAAAAAGAUUUUGAACUGGCCAAUUCAUACGGAUACACAGCGAACAAUAAUAACAACAAAUAAGAUAAAAAUGUUUAGGUUUGUAUAAGGAUUUGUUUUUAUUUGGUGGUAUUUAAUUUUUAGCGUAAUAUGAGUAUUUCAUGACUUUGUAAAUUGUU